GCUCGGUUGCGCCGCCUGAAGAUGGCAGCAGCGCACUGAGAAAUGCACUCGUGCGUCAGCGUCGGCGGAUCCGCGAGGAAGGACGCGGUGUGGGAGUAAAGAUGGCGGCCUCCUUGGUUAGAUUUGUCCGCAGCGGUUUUGGAAGAAGUCUAAACGUUGCUAGACAGAGUGCUGCUAUUGUCCAGACAAGAACAACAACAACGACAACUGAAACCAGACCUACUGUGAGGCCCAAGGAUCCAGUCUCACACACUCAGCUCUCAGAGUUUGGAGAAUACAUUGCAGAGAUUCUCCCCAAAUAUGUGCAACAAGUUCAGGUGACCUGCUUUAAUGAGCUGGAGGUAAUGAUCCACCCAGAAGGGAUUAUACCUGUUCUCACCUUCUUGAAGGAUCACACAAACUCUCUGUUCAACAACAUGAUUGACCUGACAGCCGUGGAUGUCCCUACAAGGCAUUACCGCUUCGAGAUUGUGUAUAAUCUGCUUUCCCUGCGCUAUAAUUCUCGUAUCCGAGUGAAGACCUACACUGAUGAGCUGACUCCUAUUGACUCCUCUGUGCCUGUGCACCAGGCAGCUAACUGGUAUGAGAGAGAGAUCUGGGACAUGUUUGGAGUUUUCUUUGCAAACCAUCCAGAUCUGAGACGCAUCUUGACAGAUUAUGGAUUUGAAGGUCAUCCGUUCAGAAAAGACUUUCCUUUGUCUGGAUAUGUUGAGGUACGUUAUGAUGAUGAAGUGAAGCGGGUUGUGGCUGAACCUGUUGAGCUCGCCCAGGAGUUCCGUAAGUUUGACUUGAACAGUCCAUGGGAAGCGUUUCCCGCAUACCGCGAACCUAAAGACGCUCCCAAGCUGGAGUCUGGGGAAAAACCGGCAAAGUAACCCCCCCCGUGCCGUGAGCCUUGAGAGUUGUACUCAUAUCCUCAAAUAAAUCCUCAGAACGUAUUUAUGUAAAUAAGACCCUGUGCUACAUCUAAAUAAAACAAUGAAAAGUG